UCCUGCUCGUAAUAUGGGUGUCUUCCGCCUCUCUGUCUGUCCUUCACCAAAACGACCACAAACACCCUGAAGCCAAGAAUGUAGAGCGUAUAGACUUUCGAGAGCCUUCUUGCGACGAAUCACACCAUGUACCGUACCCUGGGAACUGCAGGAUGUAUUACGAGUGUGUCAAGGGAAAAUUGAGGCCAAGGACUUGUCCUGGCAUCGACGAGUUUAGUCCUGUGUACUUGUGGUGUCUCCCACCCAAGCUUGCGAAGUGCCGUGAGUUCAUCACGACAACCCAGAAUCCUUGCAUCAACAAGACCGAGAUCACCACAGCUACUCCUAUACCGACUGAAGAACCGACAGAAGUUUCAGAAGUCACUGCAGAAACGACAGAAGGUACAAAAAUUACUACAGAACCUACAGAUGUUACCACAGAAACGAUAGAAGUCAGUGCAGAAACGACAAAAGCUACAAAAAUUACUGUAGAAACGACAGAAAGUACAAAAAUUACUACAGAACCUACAGAAGUUACUGUAGAAACGACAGAAGUCACUGCAGAAACGACAGAAGCUACAGAAGUUAGUGUAGAAACGACAGAAGGUACAAAAAUUACUACAGAACCUACAGAUGUUACCACAGAAACGACAGAAGUCAGUGCAGAAACGACAGAAGCUACAGAAGUUACUGUAGAAACGACAGAAGGUACAAAAAUUACUACAGAACCUACAGAAGUUACUACAGAAAAGACAGAAGUCACUGCAGAAACGACAGAAGCUACAGAAGUUACUGUAGAAACGACAGAAGGUACAAAAAUUACUACAGAACCUACAGAAGUUACUGUAGAAACGACAGAAGGUACAAAAAUUACUACAGAACCUACAAAAGUUACUGUAGAAACGACAGAAGUCACUGCAGAAACGACAGAAGCUACAGAAGUUACUGCAGAAACGACAGAAGGUACAAAAAUUACUACAGAACCUACAGAUGUUACCACAGAAACGACAGAAGUAACUGCAAAAACGACAAAACCUACAGAAGUUACUGUAGAAACGACAGAAGGCAAAAAAAAUACUAAAGAACCUACAGAAGUUACCACAGAAUCGACAGAAGUCACUGCAGAAACGACAGAAGCUACAAUAGUUACCAAAAAAACGACAGAAGUAACUGCAAAAACGACAAAACCUACAGAAGUUACUGCAGUAACGACAGAAGUUACAGAAGUUACUGGAGAAACGACAGAAGUUACUGCAGAACCUACAGAAACUACAGAAGUUACUAGAGAAACGACAGAAGUUACUGUAGAACCUACAGAAGUUACUGUAGAACCUACAGAAGUUACUGAAGAACCUACAGAAACUACAGAAGUUACUAGAGAAACGACAGAAGUUACUGUAGAACCUACAGAAGUUACUGUAGAACCUACAGAAGGUACAGAAGUUACUUCAGAACCUACAGAAGUUACUGGAGAAACGACAGAAGUUACAGAAGUUACUUCAGAACCUACAGAAGUUACUGGAGAAACGACAGAAGGUACAGAAGUUACUUCAGAACCUACAGAAGUUACUGGAGAAACGACAGAAGUUACUGUAGAACCCACAGACGUUACUGUUGAACCUACAGAAACGACAUUCCAAGCGCAUCCGUGA